AUGGAAGGACCUUCUGGUGGUGCGGAUAAAUAUAAUUUUUCAUGUGUAAGAAAAGAUGAUGUCAUAGAGAAUGAAAUGAAAAUAGUUGAGAAUGAUAUAAACAGUAUGAGUAAUGUAAGUAGCUCAAGCAAUGCUAGUUUUAUGAAAAAUUUUAAUAAUUACGAUAUACAUGAGCCAUUUACAAAUUAUUCACAGGAAUAUAAAAAUCUAUAUGGUGAGGAGCAUUUAAAUUCUUCUGAAUUUAAUUUGGGUGUAAAUAACAAGAAUAUGAACAAUGUGAGUAUGCUUAUGAAGAAGAAUGAAGGUUAUAAUAACUAUUAUAAAUUGAAUUAUAUGAUAAGAGAAAGAAUACAUCAUAAUUAUAAUCAAUUGAAUCAUGUGUAUAAUAUAAAUAAUAUGAAUAAGAUGUAUUAUAUGAGUCAUUUAAAUAAUACCAUUCCAUUAAACUGUAUAAAUGUUUUUAAUCAUAUAAAUGAAUCUUUACGAAAUAAUAUUACUGCUUAUAAUAAUUAUAAUAAUUAUAAUAAUUAUAAUAAUUAUAAUAAUAAUGACCAAACAAAUUUUAAUAAUGAUUUAGAACAUAAUAAUAACAAUAAGGAUGUAACUAACAGUGGUAGUAUGAAUUACUCAAAUGAGGAAGGUUCUAAUAUUGCUCCGAAUAUAUAUUUAAAUAAGAAUUCUGGAUAUAAUAGUUGUUAUGCCAUAAAUAAUAAUCCUGACAAUGUUCAUAUGAGAAAUUACAAUAAUGAAGAUAAUAAAUUUAAUAUGAACAAAGUGCAUGCAAUGAAUAACAAAAUGGAUGUUGUAAAUGUGAGUGAUAAUAUGAAUGAAAAUGAAGAUGUGAAUAUACCAAUAGGUUGGUCAUUAAAGGUUCCUUUAAAUGUAAAAAUUAAUAAUAAUGAAAGUAAUCAUAUACAUGAUGAUUUCACAUCGAAUGAUAUAAUGAGCAAUAUUCUAUAUAGUGAAACCCUAAAAAAAAAGAAUGAAAAAAGGAUGAUGUUGAAAAAUAUUAUGUAUCCUAAUGUUAUAAAAAAUAUAGAUGGAAGUAAUAAGAAGGAUAUAAAUAAAAUGAAUAGGAACAAUGUUGAUAUGAAUAAUAUGAACCACAACAAUAAUGAUAUGGAUAAUAUGAAUAAUAUGAAUAAUAUGGACUACAACAACAUUGAUAUCAAUAUUAAUAAUAAGAUUCCAAAUAAAUUUGAUGAAAAUAAAAAUAUUAGAAUUGAUAAAAGGGAUCAUGCUAAAUAUUUGAAUAAUAAGGAUUAUGGCUACCUACCAAAAUGUUAUAAUGAGAACAACAUUGAGUGUAUUGAAAAUUAUAAAAACGACAUAAAUGAAAAUAAAAAUAAUUUUAAUGAUAUAAAAAGAAAUGAAAAUAAUAAUAAUAAUAAUGAUAAUAUUAAUGAUGGAAAUAAUAAUAAUAAUAAUAAUAUUUAUAAUAAUAUUUAUAAUAAUAAUAAUAUUUAUAAUAAUAGUACUAAUAAUGCUCUUAUAACACUUGGUGAAAAUAUUUGUAGUACUAGUAAUUUUCAAAAUAACAAUUUAUAUGAAGAAAAUAAUUUAUUUGAAAUAAAAGAUAUAAAUAUAAAUGAAAAUUUUUGCGAUGAAAAAAAUAAAGAAUUAAAAAAAUAUAUGGUUCCAAAAAAUCAAGAUACUUUAAAUGAAGUAACUAAUAAGAUUCUUAUAAAUAAAAAUGCAGAAUUAACUAACCAAAAAAUUUUUAAAAAAAUAAUGCGUGCAAAUAUUAAUGCAUGCCCAUUAGUAGGUAGUAAUAAUAAUAAUAUAAAUUUUUAUAAUGAAUUUAUAAAGGAUGAUAAUUAUUAUAAUAAAAUAUGUUUAAAUAAUGAAGAAUUAAAAAAUAAUAAUAAUAAUAAUAAUAUUAUCCUAUUUAAUGCUAAUAAAAAUUGCAAUUAUAAGAAUCUUCAUUUAAAGAGUACAAAUAAUUAUAAUCAUAACAAUAAUAUUAAUAAUAUUGAUAAUAUUGAUAAUAUUGAUAAUAUUAAUAAUAUUGAUAAUAUUAAUAAUAUUGAUAAUAUUAAAUAUAAUAAUUUGAAUGAAUUUGAAGAAGAAGAAGAAAAUAAAGAAUAUAAAGAAAACGAACAAGAAAAAUUACCAAAUGAACACAAAGAACACAAAGAACAACAAGUGGAAAUAAUUAAAAAAGGUAAAAAGAAAAACAUAAAAUCAAAUAAAAAAAUUCUAAAGUGUAUUAAAUCAACAAAUGCAUUAUUAUAUUUGAUGAAUUAUGAUAAUAAAAAUAAUAAUUAUAUAAAAGAUAAUACAAAAAAUCUUGUUGAUUUUAAAAAUAUUAAUAAUAUAAAUAAUUUACUCUCUAAUAAGUGUCCCCAUGUUUUAAAUGUUUCAUCGUUAAACUUAAAAAAAAAUAUGGAAAACCAAAUGGGAAGAAAUAAUUCUAGUUUUAAUAAUAUAAAUAACAAUCAUCUUAAUAAUGAUAUCCAUAAUUUUAAUCACCAGUUACAUAAUUUAAAACAUAUUAAUAAUACAGUUAAUUUAAGUAGUCGUGCUAGCCUUCAAAAAAACAAUGUGCAAAUGAGAAUGAAUACAAAAAAUAUAGCACCAGAAGAAAAUAGAAAAAUAGAAUCUUUUAUGAAUAUAAACAACAAUUCUUCAAAUAUAAAAUUUAUUGAACAUAAUAUGAUGAAUAAUAAUAUAAAUGCAUAUAAUAUGAUAAAUAAUAGUAAUAUAAUAAAUAAUAGUAAUAUGAUAAAUAAUAAUAAUAUGAUAAAUAAUAAUAAUAUGAUAAAUAACAAUAAUAUGAUAAAUAAUAAUAAUAUGAUAAAUAACAAUAAUAUGAUAAAUAACAAUAAUAUGAUAAAUAAUAAUAAUAUGAUAAAUAAUAAUAAUAAUGAAACUCCUAAAAGAACUCAUAGAGCAUCAUUAAAUAUAAUGCCAAAUAUGAAUAUACCUCAAAAAAAUAAUUUCACAUUAAAUUCUAAUAAAAAUGAUGUUGUUAUGAAUAAUAUGAAUUCAUAUCAAGUAAAACAUGUAAAUUAUGAAGAUAUGGAAAAUAAAAAUGUUUAUCCUAAAAAUUUCUUAAAUAAUUUAGAAAAUCUUCACAUGACUACUACUAUGGAUAGUAACAAAAAAAGAGCUAGCGAAAAUAGUGGUGAUCUAAAUCGAAUGUUGAAUAAUAACAUAAAUAAUAUAAAUAACAUAAAUAAUAUAAAUAACAUAAAUAAUAUAAAUAAUACAAAUAACAAUAUUAAUAUUGUUAAAAGUAAAACUAUACAAAUGAAUUCUCCUUUAAAAAAUAUUACGAAUACACUUCAUGCUAAUAAUUAUAAUAUGAAUAAAAUGAUGGUGUAUCAACCACAAAAUAUUAUUACACAUGGUAAUACAAAUAAUAAUAAUACUACUACUACUACUAAUAAUAAUAAUAAUAAUAUUAAUAAUAAUAAUAAUAAUAAUAAUAAUAACAAUGUUUAUCCUUACGAUAAUAAUGCAGAUAACUCUAAUAAAAAUUCUGCAAAUAAUAAUUUCCUUAAUCAUUUAAAUAAUGAAACACAAAAUAGAAAAAAAUAUAUGACUAGUAGUCAUACAGUAAACAUGCAAAAUAAUGGAAACCACGUUCAUAUAAAUAAUAUUAGUAUGAAUAAUAUCAAUAAUAAUAAUAUGAAUAAUAUCAAUAAUAUCAAUAGUAACGUUAUGGUUGCUUAUAACAAUGUCCAAAGUAAUAAUAGAAACUACAAUAAUGAUAAUAAGAAUCUAAUGCUUAAUUCUCAUUAUGAUAUGAUGAAAAGAAAUGAAAACACACAAACUAAUAAUUUAAAUAUAGCAAAGGUUCAAAAUGUUUACAGUAAUAAUAAUACUGGUGGUAUGGUUGUAAGUAAUGAUUGUGUUGUAAAUAAAAAUAUGAUAAAUGAAAACAAAACAUCGAAUUUAGAAACAAGUCAUCCAUAUAACCAUAUAGAUAAGAAAGUGAUGAAUGACUUCAAUAAUAAUAAAAGUGGAGGGAAUAUAAAUUAUAAUAAUAUGUUCAAUAAAAAUAUACAGAACAGAAUGAAUAAUUCUAAUGUAAUAGUACAAAAUAAUAUUCGCUCAAGUAUUUUAUUAAAUAAAAAUAAUAGCAUUAGUAUUAGUAGUAGUAGUAAUAAUAAUAAUAAUAAUACUAAUUUUGCAUAUGAUAAAGAAGAUGUAACUAAUAUAAAAUAUGAUUUAUUAAAUAAUAAGAAUGUUAAUAACAAUAUAACAUUUAUGGGUUCCCCAAAAAAUCUUAAUAAUUCAUUGGUUCCUUUGAAUAAUAAUAUGAAUAAAAAUAUAAUAUCAGAAGAUAUAAAUAAAAAUGGAGAUAUUAUAAAUUCAUAUAACGGAAAUGCAUUACCAAUUAAUUAUGAUCGAAAUGAAUAUACAUCUUCACAUUCUGAAAAAAGUACAAACAUAAAUGAUACAUUUAUGAAUUCUAUGAUAAAUUCAAAAAAUAAUAAUAGUAUUCAUUUAAAUCAAAUGUUUACAAAAAAUACUAUAACAUCUAACAAAAAUUGUAGUAAUGAAACACAUAUAAUGAAUAGAAAAAAAUUAACAAGAACACAAAAUAUAAAUAAUUUAAAAUCAACAGAUAUUAAUUCAAACAUUAAUUUUAUUAAUCAUAAUAUUAAUAAUAAUAGUGAUGUAAAGAGAAUGAGUAAUUUCAAUAUACAUAGAGAUGUUAUGUAUUUGAAAGAUGAACAAAACACAGUUACACAAGAUAUUAAAAAGGUAUGUAAUAAUAUGUCAUCAAAUUAUGCUUCUUUAAAUUAUGUAAGUCGUGAUAUAAUCAAUCAGUGCAAAAAUAAUAAUACAAAUAACAAUAACAUGAGCAAUAAUAAUAAUAAUAAUAUGAUUAACAGUAAUAUGAACAAUAAUAAUAAUAAUAUGAUUAACAAUAAUAUGCAAAAUAAUAAUAAUAUGAUUAACAAUAACAUGAACAGUAAUAAUAAUAUGAACAGUAAUAAUAAUAUAGCAGGGAAUAAUUUUGUUGGUGGACUUUUAAGAAAUGACAAUCAUUCAAAAGAUCAUGAAAUACUAAAUAAUUUAAGUAAAGGGAAUAAUUAUAAUGAAUAUGUUAAAAAUAAUUAUUCUUUAGUAAAUGACCCCAAAAUUCUUAAUGCAAAUAAUAAGGAAAACACAAAUAGUCCAUACAAUAAUACACCUCAUGAUCGUAUUAUUAAUAAUAAUAAUAAUAAUAAUAAAUAUAAUAGUAAUUAUAACAAAACUAUAGAUCAUGCAUCUUCAAAUAAUAAUUUAUCAUCUUCUUCAUGUGUAAAUUUAAAAAAUUUAAUUAAUAUAAAUAAAAAUUUCAAUGUUUUAAUGAAUAAUAUGAACAACGUAGAUCAAUCAUCUUUAAAUAUGAAUGCUCAAAGUAAUAACAUGUAUGAUUCUUAUGGUAACGAAAAUAUUGGUAUUAUAAAUAAUAUAGAGAACAAAGAACAAUUAGAAAAUAACAACAACAAUAAUAAUAAUAAUAUUAAUAAUAAUAAUAAUAUGAUGUAUGCAUCAAAUAGAAAUUUAAUAAAUCCAUAUAUGAAUAUUAUGAACAUGAAAGGAAAUGUUAAUAUGAACAAUAAUAUAAAUAAUAAUAUGGUAUUAAAUAGAAAUUCCUUAUCUUUAAAUAAUACGAAUUUAAUGAAUGAUUUAAAUAUGAAUGGAAAUCCUUAUGUAGAUUAUAAAACUAAUGCGAAUAUGCCAAAUGAAGAUAUAUACAAUUUACAUAUGAUUCAAAAUAAUGAUGAUAUAAAAAAUAAUUUAAAAAAAGUCACACAAAAGAGAAAAAAACAAGAAAAUAAAUCAAAUGAAUCUCCUAAUGUUGUAAAUCUUUUAGGUAGUACAAAACGACCAAGAAAAAAGAAAAAAGAUAAUGCAUCUUCAGAAUCAUCAAAUAAUGAUUUAUUAUUAAAAAAUACAAAAACACUUAAAAGCCAAAAGGGAAGAAAACCAAAAAAUAAAAAUUUAUCACAACCUAAUGUUAAUGAACAACUAAAUAAUAAUUAUAUUACUAAUGAUAAUUCUUCAAACGUUUUAAAUAAAAAUAUCAUGAAUAAUAAUAUUAACAUGACCAAUAAUGCUACUUGUUCUUCUAGCAUAAGUGCUAAUAAUAAUAUAUCUCAAAUGAAUAAUAUAUAUUCUGAUGGAUUAAAAGAUAAUAGUGAAAAUGUUAAUAAUAUGUAUAACAUGAAUCAGAAAUAUAUAAAUGAUAAUAAGCAAAUGAAUAAUAACAUAAUCACCCCAAAUAAUAAUAAUAAUAUGAACGCAACAGCAACAGCAACUACUACUAAUAAUAAUAUUAAUAAUAAUAAUAUUAAUAUUAAUAAUAAUAAUAUUAAUAAUAAUAAUAUUAAUAUUAAUAAUAAUAAUAUUAAUAAUAAUAAUAUUAAUAAUAUUCAUGAUAACCAAUUGAACGAACAAACCAUCAUCACGAAUAAAUGUAAAACCAUGAGUAACACAAAAAAUGCGUUGAAUGAAGAAAAAUUUGAAAAGAAUAAUUUAGAAGGCAUGUUGGUUUAUAUGAAGAAUGUUAUGCAUGAUAAUGAUAAAUUAAAUAAUAGUAAUGUAUCUAUGAAACAAGAUGCGUUAUCAUUAUAUCCAAAUAAUAUAGAAAUACAAACACAAAUGAAUAACGUACAUAAUGAUAACCAACUAUUACAUAAUAGGCAUAUGGUAAAUAGUAAUCUAGAAAAUAAUAAUGUGAUUAAUAAAAGUCAGGAAACGCAUGAAAAUGUUUCAACAAUGAAUAAGGAAAAUAUAUACACACAUGUUGAUGAAAUAUUUGGUCGUCCAAAUAAUAUAAACAAAGUUAAUUCACAGAAUGAAAAUUUGAAUAAACCUGUGAAUCAAGAUAUGAACAUAAAUAUAAAUACAGACAUUAGUACAGAUAUGAAUACAGAUAUGAAUACUGAUAUAAAGUAUGAACAUAAUAAUACUCUUGACAAUUCAAGCAAUGUUCAAGGAACUAUUUCCGAAGAUGAACAAAAAAAAAUCAAUAAGCUUGAUGAUAUUUCAAAUGUAGAGAAUGAUAAUAUACAAUUAAAUAAAGAUCAGUAUAACAAUAAUAAAAUUUUUAGUGAAAUUAAUAAGAGCGAAGAAUAUACUUACAAUGUAACUUUCUCGACAGAUAACCAAAGUAGUGAAUACAAAAAUAGUACUGACAGCAAUGCGAAUGUAGUCGAACAAAAUAUGGAUUAUAAUAACUAUAAUAAUAAUAAUAAUAAUAAUAAUAAUAAUAAUUGUUGGGAUAUAAAUGAUUCUCAUUUAAAUGAUAUGAACAAAGUAAUUAAUAUUAAUAACAAUAGUGUCAUAAAUAAAUCUAUUGUAGAAAUAAUGGAGAAUGAAUAUCCUUAUGAUUCCUUUGAAAAUGUGAAUCAUAAUAAUAGAGAUGGAAACGUUAUUUCAUAUAAUGAAAAUUUUGAACAUAAAAAAAAUAAUAUCUUAUUAGUAUCAAAGAAUACAAAAGAUAGUAAUGAAAAUGUUUACCAGAUUAAGAAUCGAGCAUUUGAUAUUUAUUUAAAUGAAAGAACAAAAAAUAGAAUAGAAACAAAUAUCCAUAAUGAUAAUAUUAACAGUAUGAAUAGUAAUUAUGAUAAUGUAGAAAGUUAUAAAAUCCAUAAGAGUAAUGAUAAUAUUAAUAGUAACAAUAAUUUUGAUUCUUCUAAUGUGAAUAAUAAUCAAGUAGAAGAAAAAUUAAAACAUGGAAUCUCCUCAACAGAUUGUGCUGAUUGUGUCUAUAGUUCAUUUACUUCAAAUUCUAAUAUAGGUGAAGAAUUUAAUGAAGAAAGCGCUAUAUUAAUUGGAUCAUUUAGAGAUAAUAAACAUGUACAUAUGGAUAAGAAUGAAAUAUUAAAAAACCAAAUGAAAUAUAAUAUUUUGGGUAAUUUAAUAAAUAUUAAUUUCAAAGAUGAAAUAAAAAGAAUAAUACAAAAUGCACAAGCUACAUUUAAAAUGAAUGAUCAAAAUGAAAAAAUCAUUUUUAAUAUCUACAAACAAAUAAAUAAUUCCAACUAUGUACAAAUGUUAAAAGAAACAAUAGUAAGGAAAAAUAACAUGUCAAACAUAAAUUAUUUUAAAAUAGACAAUUUUGAGAGAAGAAUAAUUGUUCAUAAAACUUUCGUUCAUAAUACUAAUAGAUCCAAAUUAAUUACACUUGAGUAUGAAGUUAAAGAUAAAAAUAAUACUAUAGGAAAUGUUAACAGUAUUGUAAGAUUGGACCAUUGUUUGUUAGCUAAUGAUAAAAAAAAAAUAAUCGAAAAAAUAAUUAAUUCAACUUUUGAUAUUACGUUAACAACCACAUCGUUAGCUAGUUCAUCCAUUGAAAAUGCAUUUAAAGCGGAUGAAUAUGAAUUAUUAGAUUCUUUUAUUUGCGAAUAUUUUUGUUUUUCUCUUCGUGUUAAGAAUGAAUUUAACAGCUAUUUGGAAUUUUACAAAAACAUAAUGCGCGCACCGAACAAUGCUGAUAAAUCUUGCAAGUUUUAUAUAAGAGCACAUUGCAAUGAUUAUGAUACUUUUUUUGACAGCUUUAUAGACUUUCUAAUUUAA